AUGGCGUCAUCACAGUCCUCUUCAUCAUCUAUUCGUCCGCAGGCUGGACUGAACCAGGGGGACCACCAAUUUCUACCCCAGCUUGACACUCUGAUCUCGUAUCUGCUGGGUGCCAAACGUUCGCUCUCCUCCAUUACCCAUGUCUGGCGGGCCAAUGAAAUAGUCACUGCAUCGCACUCGGCAUUGGAGAAGAGUGUUGUCCUGUGCUCCCGGACAGGCUUCUUACGCCGAGGCCUUAAUGGGCAACUUCGUCUUUUAUAUGAUGUUCGUUCCGAGGUUGAACAGAUAUCAUACCGAGGUCGUGAUGAAUUUUCAAUAGCGCUAAAGAACCUGGAUGCGGCUGAUGCUCGGCUUAAACACACGUUAGAUCUGCUCCGCGGGACUAUCGUUCACGCGUCAUUCAGACCUGGCGAAGAAGAGCAGAAGUCCCUACAUGACUUUGUUGAUGAGCGGGGGGCGCGUGCCGAACUGGACACCUCAAAUCAUGAAUUUGAUGACGAACUUCAAGCCAUCAGAAAGUCGCUUCGUCACUACCACACAGCCACGAAGUUGGCGUCAUCCCGAUUAUCAAUCACAUCCUCCUCGUCAUCUGCGUCCGAUUCCGGCCUUCUCACUUUGUCGUCUAUGCCGGGCCAGAUCCAAUCGCUGGAGGCCCAUGCCCAAGAAAUGGCCACUCUUUUGGAAGCCCUGGUCCGGCAUUUUGAUCUCUGUGUCACUGCCGUCAAGCAUACAGAUGGUGGAGGAGCAGUUGCACGAUCCAUCACGGGGGAUAUGCCAACCGGUGUUGACGGCAGCAACGAUGGAAUGCCAAACAUCGGGGCAGAGAUCAACGCCAAUUUGAAUGCACCUCUUGACCCAAUGACUGACGCCGAGUACCAGGAGGUGGUAGCUGUUUUGAUCAAAGAUGCCCCCGAGGCGGAUGAUGUUGUUAUGGAGAUCCAAGAUCGCAUUAAUGAGAUGGAAUCUAUAUUUGAACAAGUGCAAGCACAGCGAGAUGCCCUGCUGUCCAUCUCCAAGGCAACGAUUGAAGUUCACAGCCACCUAUCCUCUCUCGCCUCAUCUCGCUUACCCCGUUACAUUUCUCAGGCACACAACUUCACGCGGGUGUGGCUUGAAGAAAACGACCGCAUUAAUUCUGGCCUCGUCGAACUCUCUGAUCUGCACUCUCUGUACGACGGGUUUCUUAAUGCUUACGACAGCCUGAUGCUGGAAGUAGCACGUCGGCGGCAUGUUCGCCAACGUGUGGAAAAGGUGCUCCGAGAUACCCGGCAUAAACUGGACCAGCUCCAUGAUGAAGAUGCCGCUGCUCGUGAAACUUUCCGUGCUGAACAGGGUGACUUUCUUCCGUCCGACAUAUGGCCUGGCGUUGGCUUAGCCCCAAUGCAGGUGCAGUUCACGCGCGUCUCGGGCGGCCAGUUGGAUGGUGGUCCUAUAGGGCAGAAAGCACUCGAGGAACCCAGUGGGCGCGAGUACGCAGGAGCUGCCAAGGCAGGAGUAUCGGAUGGAAGUGCCGAAGGAGAACAAAUCCCUGACCUGCCGAGAGACCUUGUCGAGGAAGCUUUUGCAAGGGUAAAGGAACGAAACAAGGUCGCGUCCCAAUUGCACACCGCUUGA